CCUGACAACACCAGAGAGCUAUUGCACACGAUCAAGCAAUUAUCUACGGAGUACUUGCCACACGGAAUCGAAAACAUUUCAUAUUGUAUCUGAGAAAGCAGAAACCAACCCACUCAUCCUUUGAAAGAAUUAAACCGUACCCUGCCGACACCUCAAGAUCUCUCGCAAUCAUGGUCGCCGACGCAGUCAUCUACCACCCCACGGUGGCUCAUUAUCUUCGCUAUGUCGCGACAACCAUCGGCCGCGACAAGGUGCUUCGAACACUCCAGUACUUUUCCCGUUUCCUAGCAUGGUAUCUGCUACGCACCAACGCCUCCAAGGCGUCAAUAGCGCCCUUUGACGCGAUCAAGAAGCAGUUUGGACUCUCGCGCAAGGUGAUGCGCGUGGGCAAGAACGUGGAGCACUUCAAGGCCGCGGCGCAAGCGGCCGAUAGCAAGUCGAUGGAUCCCGUGCUCAAGUACUGCGCCGUGGGGCGGCAACUGGGAUAUGCAGUCUAUCUCAGCUUGGAUAUCCUUACAUAUCUCGAUGCCGCUGGCAUUCGUCCCACGCCUGCCGCGAAGAGACUCCAAAAGGAAGCCUACCGAGCAUGGCUGGUAGGCCUGCUAUUCAACACCGUCGCAGGACUGUAUACGCUUGUGCAGAUUCGCAAGCGGACCGCGUCGAUAGACAAGAAGGACGGCGAGGGCGUCGUUGAAGUGAAGAAACUCGAGCGCGAACGCUCCGCCACAACAACCCAGCUUGUCUCGGACGUCUGCGACUUGACCAUUCCCGCGUCCGCAAUCGGAUACGUCAAUCUCGACGACGGCAUUGUGGGUAUCGCCGGUACGAUUAGCAGUUUGAUUGGCGCGUAUGCCACGUGGAAGAAGACGGCGUAAUUCUGUUGACUUUAUUUAUUACUAUUUUUCUUCUUCCCCCCCCCCCC